AUGGUCAAGGUUAUCUACUUUCUACUUAUUAUUACUGCUUUCGUCGGUGCCGCUAUUGCUAACUACUGCAAGUGUUCAGAUGGUCAGCCCGACACUUACCACAUCGAACAAGGUACCAAAAAGGCCUGCUACAGUGUAGGCGGUAAUUACUGCGCCGGUAUGGGCUAUUGUGAGACUGAGAGCAACCUAAAUGACGCCUGCAAGAGCGCCAUCAAUAUUGGAUCGAUCUGUGUGGACAACUCCGAGUUCAAGGGCAUGGGGUUUGUUGAGCACUGCUGA